GGAGGUCGGUUGCUCUCGGUGGUAUAGGAAAAUGAUUUCAUGCUCUUCUGAGCAGCUGAACAUUACCUGACGUCAUGCUAUACCCAUGGCUGCGCCUUGGACUUCAUGUCACUAAGGGAGCGUAGUGUUUGUUAGGAAUAGGUUAAGGAGAUCGAGUACUUCCAGGCUGGGCUAUUGGGUGCAAUGUGAGCACGGUUAAGCAGCGCACAUUAAGUGACAGUACUCGGACAUUAUGUAGCAAAGCGCCCAGGGUAUCGUUUUAACUGAGUGUGCAGCAAGAUAUGUUAUUGAACCUCAGAAAUUUACAGAUUAACAGUUAAGUGUUAUUCCACACAAGCUUGGUUGGUGGGGGUGGAGGAAGGAAACGAGAGCCGCGCCCAACUGGCUUUUGAUUGGACGAGAGCGGUUUUGUUAGGCUGUUGCCAAGACGACGACCGCUGACUGCGAUUGGCUGGCCUUGUUGCUUAGGGCGCAAGGGAACAGGUGGGGGUGAGAUGGGCGUGGCUGUGACGUCACUGGCAUUGAUAGUGUGCUGUUACGAGAGCCGUGGGCGAUGACCGAGUGACACGCUUUUGGUUUAUUAGCUCAAUCUUCUCAAUGCAUUGUGUUAGGACUGUGCGUGGAAUAGGCACGUAAAGACAAUGAAUGAAUGAGUAAUGAAGUUAUAUACGCACUCCGCAAGAUGUGCAGUUCAUUAACAGCUCACCGGUCUGUGGAGAGUGGGGUUCCCUCAUUUAUGUUGUUUUAUACAAAGAGAUAGCGGGACUCGUGCUCACAGCUGGGUUUAGUAUAUGGAGUCAAUAGGUAAUACUUGCUGAUCGCUAUAGUCUUGGCCUCAGCGCGCAUCCAGCAUGGUCUCCUGUACACCCGGAAGCUGGGGGCGGGGGAAGGAGCUGGGCGGAGAGAUGAUGUUGGGCUGCGCUGCCUGCUCUCUGCGGCUGUGCUACGUCAUGUGUAUGUAUAUGAGGGACUGGCUGAGGAUCUGCUCGCACCGGUUCAGGCCGGUCCUCUCCUGCUCGAGUCUGCUUGUGAUUGACAGCUCCAUACUUGUUUACCACACUGUGCGGCUGCCUCUCUCUCUCUCGCCUCAUCACUUUGCAGCACAUUGCUAAGCUUGCACAAAAGGGAAAAGUAUACUACUGGGGAAACAGAGCAAAUUCUAUUCCUUCAACCAAUAGCAGAUCAACAACGAGUUCUACCGCAAAUAUGAUGAUAAUUCAGAAGAAGGACUAACCACUAUUCAUUCAGGAAGGCAUGAAUAUGCAUUUAGCUUUGAGCUUCCACAAAUGCACCCCAAGCAGGCACAAAAGAAAAGACCCUGUGUUGCUGGUUAUGUACCUCAGGUCCAAUAUCCUUAAGUGCCAAAAUAGAAAGAAAGGGCUACACACCAGGUGAAUCAAUUCAAAUCUUCGCAGAGAUUGAGAAUUGUUCUUCCCGCAUGGUGGUACCAAAGGCAGCCCUUUAUCAAACGCAGACAUUUUAUGCCAAAGGAAAAAUGAAGGAAGUCAAGCAACUUGUUGCCAACUUGAGGGGAGAGUCCUUGUCAUCAGGGAAAACAGAGACUUGGAAUGGCAAGCUGCUGAAAAUUCCACCAGUUUCUCCUUCUAUCAUUGACUGUAGCAUAAUCCGUGUGGAAUAUUCCCUUAUGGUAUAUGUGGAUAUUCCGGGGGCUAUGGAUUUAUUCCUUAAUUUACCAUUGGUAAUCGGCACUAUUCCACUGCAUCCAUUUGGUAGCCGGACAUCCAGCGUGAGCAGCCAGUACAGCAUAAAUAACUGGCUUGGUCUGACAUUGCCAGAAAGACCUGAAGCGCCUCCUAGCUAUGCAGAUAUUGUCACAGAAGAGCAAAGGCAGAAUCUGAUGUCUUCAAAUGCUUGUGACAACUUUGAAUUGGCUCUUCAAGGACCACUAUUUGCAUACAUCCAAGAAUUUCGGUUUCUUCCCCCUCCACUAUAUUCAGAGGUGGAUCCUAAUCCAGAUCAGCCCACAGAAGAGCAUCCUUCCUGUCCAUCUCGCUGAGGGAUUUUUUUUUCCAUACAGACAAGACUCUUAACUGCCUGCAAGAAGUUAUGCAGUUAUUUUGGAGAUGCACUUUCAAAGGAAACUGCUUUUCGAUUUGGCAGUGGCAGACUUAAUCAGCCUUUGGUCGUGGUUACAGCACAUGCUGCAUUAUACCGUGUGUGUGCUGUAUACAUACGGAUGUGCUCUCACCCUCGUGUGGGCCCAGUCCAGAAGCUGCUGCAUUCGUACGUGGUCAAGAGCUGAGGAUGCACAUACAAAUAGUAACAAAAUGGAUCCGCUUCCUCCUUUACUUCUUUAAGAUUUGCACACUCAGUACGAAUUUAGAGCAGCUUGAUAUCACUACAGCUUUCAUUCUUACCACCAGACACUCAAUCCUUCAGCUUGGUUGUGUUUUGCACACCCUGAAGUGAAUGAAAGCUCUGAGAAACUGAAAACUUACAAAUGCACUAAUUUUUUUCCCCCUUUUGAGUCAUUCAUUCUUUUGCCCACUUUUGAACAUGCACAGUAUUGUCCUCUCCGGCUGCUUUCUCAGCUUGGAUUCCACAAUGGAUUUGUCUACAAAAACAUCGAAUGCCUUCACACUAAUCCUUACUGCUGUAUGUUGUCUUGCAGCCCACUGUAGUAGAAUAGCCGCAAUUUCAAUGGGUCAUUGAAAUACAGAAAAGAGACCUAACCGACUAAAUCACUCAUCAAGAUUGUACAUCUAAAUUUCAUUCAAAGACUUGUUGCCUUUUUACUGUCGGGCCCCCCACUCCCCAGUAGAAUUUUGUUACAGACUUCCUACAAAUCACUUAAACUCAGGAGAACUCAUUACUUGCCAAACCUUGGAAUGCUAUUUACGUUUUUAUGUUGCGCUGUUGUAUGUUUUAUGGGUUGUAAGACUUUGUGCUGGCUGAUACCACGUACAGGAAAAGAUAAAAAAAAUAGUUCUUUUGUUUAUAGUUUACUCGUCUGAAAUUCCCACUCGCUUAAAGAUGAGGCUUUUACUAUGCUAAAUCGGGGCAUUAAUUCAUGCGGCAUUGUAGAGUAAAGACGAGUAGAACAUAUGCGUGGGUUCCUCUUACAUAUGACAGUGUUAAGCAGCGAGGUGGCUUUCCUUGUCUUGUAGGCCUAGACAUCCAGUAUGUGGCUUGCGGGCCAAUAGAACUCCCCCUCUCAUAAUAUGGGGUUAAUUGCAAAAGAUUACCCACCUGCUAAAGACUACAGCACAAUGACUGCUGUAAACUACAAAUGGCAGACUCACAUUGGAGUUCAACAAAAAGCCACAGGCCUAUAUUUUAUUUGUAAGAGUACUUCCAUUCAUAGAACAAAGCAAACAGACCCUUGUCCGUUGGCUGACUGGUGAGAUUAGCAUGUAACAGGGAAACUGUAAAGAACCCAGCGUAAUACCCAGCAGCAGCUAUUCUGUGUGAAUCAGACCGCCAAUGUCCAACCCAAGACCUUCUAACUUCCUAAUAUGUCCUAGCAUAAAGCUGAUGAAAUUUAGGAGGAAGAACUGUUCUAGAUGCACAAACAAAGAACCUUAAUACAUGUUGGGCAGGCCAUAUAGUUCCCUCCUUUAAUACAACCCUUCCCAUUGUUGCUGAUAACUUUAAGUAUAACGCUGCUUGUUUUUGUGCAAGUCUCCUGUACAACAAUGACCCAUCUUUCCUUUUCCAAUGCCCUCGUUCUCCUGGCUGUUCGAUUGAAAUCUCUUAUUUCAAGAGCUCUUGACGUAAAUCCGAAAAAAAAAAAAGAAAAAUUACGCUUUUUUUGUAAGUGUCCUUUUUUUAAGCUAAUUUAGUAAAUAAUUCCACAGUGAAAGCUUCCAGAGAGAAGACAUGUAAGGAUUUAAUUAGUCACGUUUUAAGUGAUUCAGAAGAUAUUUGCCCCCCCCAAAUUAUUGUUGGUUUAUGAGGAAAUAAGAACAGUUUGACUUCUGUACUGUGUAUUUCUGUUUUUUCUUCAAUGUUUUGUUGGUAAGCCGUUGUACUUGGCAUUUCCUUCUUAAAGCAAAGCCCAGAUUCAAUUUCCUAAGGGAAAAUAGACUUUUAUACUGUUGUUUCUAAAUUGGGCUUAUAUUUGUUUUUAGCAAAAUUAAGGGCAACACUUGUUGCAAGCUCUGAAUCCUUUUACUCCGGGUAUGUGCAUUUAUACAAGAGGGGCAGCUGCUAUACUGCCAACCUCAGCUGAGGCAUUUCCCCCACGUAGCAGUGGAAACAGAAUCCAUUUAUUUGUGACUUUUGUUGGUGAUCAGUAAUAAUGGGUAAUUACUCAUCCAAAGCAAACAUCAAGGCAUUCCUCACUGGUAGAACCUAUACAGAGGAGGAAUGUUCAUGCAUAUAAUGCUUUUUACCCUGAUGUUAUUUCAGGGGAAACUAAAAGCAAAAUAAGCCCUACUUAGAAAUAAUAUAUAUAUAUUUUUUUCCUUUAAGAGUACUGGGAACAAUUCAUUUUUGUCUAUGAGGAAAUAGGCUGGGGUUAUAGAUGAAGAAGGAAAGGGUUCACCAAUAAAUCCGAAUAGCCACUGCAAAUAUUUGUGACAUUUAGCAUUAUUAAAGCCACUGGCGCUGUAUUGCAUGGAAAUGUGGUUAUAUAAAUAUGCUAACAAUUCUGUGAAGUUUGUGAAAGUAUUUUGCUUUUUUUUUUUUUUUUUUAUAUAUAUAUAUAUAGAGGCAUUACUUUUUUUUUUUUUUUAAUACUGAUCAGUUUCUUUUAUAAACCAGAAGUUGACAAAAUUCGUCCAGUAUUGGAGAUGGCUUCCUGAUUAUAAAUCAGGAACAUGCGGAGUGAAAUCCAAAUGAUAGAGAAACAAAGUGCAAUAUUAAAUGUAUGUAUGCUUAUAGAUCGGAAUCUAUGGUUAUUUGUACAUUUAUUUUUUUUUGUUUUGGUGCUGAAUUAUUGUAGGCUCCAGUUUAAAACAAACUUUAUGUGGAAAAUGUUAUGUUUUCCUUUUUUUUUCUUUUUGCUCUUCCUUGUUUAAAAUAAAAAAGAUCAUUUUUAUA